GAAGAAGGGGGAGGGUACCACUUUGUCACAGGCUGCUAUGUAGAUUAACCUUUCAAUUAGUUGUUAUCAGGUCCUCUCCAUGUCUCGGCGCAAGCUUUCCAGCCUUCGUUUAAACACGUCAAAAUCUCUCCAAUUCGCUCGGAUAUGUCGCUUCACAUGUCUCCUUCGACGCGAUAAUGAAGAGGAGUAUUCGAGGGGGGGCAAACUUGAAGAGGUUUAAUCUGGGAUUGUAAUCAAUACAGUCCCAGGUCAGCUGAUCAGUACCAUUGUGGAGUUUACUAAUGUCAGCUUUUCCUCAAGUUCACCCAGGAUUAAGAAGACAUUUGUGGAUGCUGUUGUGGAACAUAACUUCUCAACCUUGUUAAGGAUGUGGAUGUAUCCAGCUUUCAUCUGCAGAAAGGGGGAAUCUUUAUGGAUCACGUUUUUGUGAGGCUAAUUGUUCAACCAUGGUAAAACUUGCAAACCCUCUCUACACGGAGUGGAUUCUUGAAGCAAUACAGAAAAUCAAAAGGCAAAAGCAAAGGCCAUCGGAGGAGAGAAUUUGUCAUGCAGUGGCCACAUCGCACGGACUGGACAAGAAGACCGUCCUCGAGCAGUUGGAAUUAAGUGUUCUUGAUGGCUCUAUCCUCAAGGUUACAAAUAAGGGAAGCGCCUCCUACAAGGACCCGGGACAUCCUGGGAGACUUGGAUCAGGCUUACCUGUACAUGCACCUGUGCCGUCAAAGGAAUCUAUAUGGAAUUCAAGUGAUUUGCGCCUUAUUGAUUGGAAUAAAUUACUCAAGAGGGCCAUCGAGGGCCUGGAUGAUACCCAUGGCUCUUCUCUGAAAAACAUCGAGAGGUACCUGAGGAAUCAAGAUGACCUCUCAAACAUUGUUGAUAACCCUGCUUUCCGGCAGAGGUUGCGGCUGGCGGCUAAGCGGUCGGUCAACAACGGCAGGUUGUUAAAAAAUGGCCCGCGUUAUAGGCUCAUCCAUGGCAUUGUGGAAGGAAGGAGCUCCAGGUGUCUAAGUGCUUCUUCCUUGCUCCUGCCAUCAGUGACGUCCCUCCCCCAUGAACGAGACCAGCUCCGGGUUGACCCCAUCCCAAUAUGCAGUUUCUGUCUUGGAACAAAAGAGUCAAAUCGGGACAAGCGGCCGGAAGAGCUGCUAUCCUGUGCAGACUGUGGAAGCAGCGGGCAUCCAUCAUGUCUGAAGUUUUCCCCUGAAUUAACCUCUAAUGUGAAGAGAUUACGGUGGCAGUGUAUUGAAUGCAAAACCUGCAGUUCCUGUCGAAUACAGGGGAAAAAUGCUGAUGAGAUGCUGUUCUGUGAUUCAUGUGAUCGGGGCUUUCACAUGGAAUGCUGCGAUCCUCCGCUUUCAAGAAUGCCAAAAGGAACCUGGAUCUGCCAAGUCUGCAGGCCAAAGGAGAAUGGAAAGAAGCUGCUGCACAAAAAGGCCGAUCAGAUCAAACGUCGAUAUGCAAAGCCAAUCGGAAGGCCCAGAAAUAAGCUCAAACAAAGAAUGUCAAUAACCAGUGGUGAUGGCUCCACGGUAGCACUUGGAGGAAGGGGGUCACCUGGUAGGGGUCAAAAGAUUACCGUCUGUUCCACACCUUCAUCUGGUCAUGCUGCAUCUGUGAAGGACGCCAGAGACAGAUUGGCUGUUGCAGAACCUUUUUGUGUGGUCAACGCCACCCAAUUCACCACUUCCCCUCCCACCACCACUCCCUCCCUCACGCCCACCUCCACCCCAGCCACACUCACUGUUAACAAGAAAACCAAAGGGCUUAUUGAUGGGCUUUCCAAAUUCUUUACUCCUUCUCCUGUGGGCCGUCGCUCGCGAGCUUUAACCCUAGAGUCGCACUGCAGACAGUCACACUCUAGAGACGAGGGUCUGCCCAAACUGUCCAAGCCGCCAGAGCCAUUUGCCUUUACUGCUGACGCCUCUCAAAAGAUAACCCCUUCAUCCUCUGCACUUCUUCCCACUUCCACGUUGCCAGGACUCAGCCCCCCUGCGCAGGUGUCCAGCAGCUCCACCUCUGCUAACUCACCUCAGAGCUCUUCCAGCCAGUCUAGUGUUCCUUCCCUGAGUAGUCUCUGCAGUAGCAGCCAACUUAAGGGACUUUUUGACGGACUCUCUCACAUUUACACUACUCAGGGACAGUCACGGAAAAAGAGACCACCAAGCUACGCACCACCUAAGCGCAUGCCCCAAAAGCAGGAUUUGUCCAAAAUGGGGCCCCAGUGCCUUGGAAAGAAUGAGUAUAAUAAAAAUAGGUUACACUCCACAUCUGCUGGGCCAGGCCGACCCAGAGGACACCCAUUUAAGAUGGUCAGUCAUUUCAAACGUAACCCUUUCCUUAAAAAGCACAGGACACUAGGCAGGCUGAGGUAUAAAGUGAGCCCUCAGAAGGGAGCCCCCUCACCAGGAAAGGGAGACUUGACAGACGGAAGAAUUAAGCCUGAGAAUAAUGAUGGCCACAACAAGGAGCUGCAUGUGAAGCAGGAGGCCCGGGCAGACUUUGUGGCAAUGUUCAGAGACCAUGUCACAGAGGAGGACAUUGAGACGUUCACACGUGUUCAGGAACUCUCUGCUCAGAAAACGGGAUCACUGAUGAACACAGACUCCAUUCGAUGUCCUGCUGUCAUUGAAUUCGGAAACUAUGAGAUUCAAACCUGGUACUCAUCACCAUACCCACCGGAAUAUUCCAGAUUACAAAAGCUUUAUCUGUGUGAGUUCUGCCUGAAGUACAUGAGAAGCAUAAACAUUCUCCAGAGACACACAAAGAAGUGUGGCUGGUUCCAUCCACCAGCCAAUGAAAUCUACAGAAACGACAACCUUUCCGUAUUUGAGGUUGAUGGAAAUGUCAGCAAACUAUUCUGCCAAAACCUCUGCCUGUUAGCCAAGCUUUUCCUGGAUCACAAAACCUUGUAUUAUGAUGUGGAGCCUUUCCUUUUCUACAUACUUACAAAGAAUGAUGAGAAAGGUUGUCAUCUUGUGGGCUAUUUCUCCAAGGAAAAGCUUUGCCAGCAGAAGUACAAUGUCUCCUGCAUAAUGAUCAUGCCUCAGUACCAAAGGCAAGGAUUUGGAAGGUUCCUUAUUGAUUUCAGUUACCUUCUCACCAGGCAAGAAGGACAAGCCGGCUCCCCUGAGAAGCCGCUGUCAGAUCUGGGUCGCUUAUCCUACCUGGCAUAUUGGAAAAGUGUCAUACUGGAGCACCUUUAUAAGCACCCAAAUAAACACAUCAGUGUUAAAGGAAUAAGCAGGGCCACUGGGAUGUGUCCACACGACAUCGCCGCUACUCUCCAACAGCUCGGCAUGAUUGACAGACAGGAUGGCAGGGUCGUGUUGAUCAGAAGAGAACGGUUGAUUGAGAAGCACAUGGAGAGGCUGAGAGCUAAACCACGUCAUAAUGAGGUGGACCCAGACGCCCUGUGCUGGACACCGUCCACCACUCUGAACCCUGUCCUGUCCGAGGAGGAGAGGGAGGCCGAGAUGGACGCCGAGCGACUGAAGGAGCAGGCCAGUUGCUGGGAGAAGGAGGAGAGAGAGAGUUACGUGAUGACUCACGGUGGCAGGCAACCUCUCACAAAGGUCCACUGCAAGAUUCCCUACAGGACAUACGAACGCCGCCCCGCACCUCCCUGGACCAGGCGCUUCCAGCAGUCGGAGGCAGCGAGCGAUGACGAAGCCGAAGACGACUACGACGAUGACGACGACGACUCUGACGGCUCACCACCCAUCCUGACAAAAGCCCAUGCAAUGCUAGGAGCUAAGAGAAAGAGAACCAUUGUUCUCAAGAAGAGAGGGCGUAAAAGGAAGCGAAUAAACAGCAGCGUAACGACAGAAACCAUCUCUGAGACGACGGAGGUGUUGAACGAGCCAUUCGACAACUCGGAGGACGAACGUCCCAUGCCCCUGCUGGAGCGCACGUCCAGAAUGGGCGAGAUGGAGGAAGACGAGGACGAGGAGGAAGAGGAGGAGACACAAAAGGACAUGACACCAAGUACACCAGUUAAACGCAGGAGAGGCCGCCCGAGGCUGGAGAAAAAUACACAGAAAAGCAAAUUUGAGCACUGGAGCGAAGGAGCUGACACUCUUUCCGAGAGGCCCAGCAGACCCCGCCCGGUGAAACGGAAGAAAGGCUGGCCCAAAGGAGUGAAACGUGGCCCUCCUAAGUGGAGGUUGAAGAACGAGCGAAAGAUGGGCUUUAAGCUGAACCUCUACACACCCCCUGAAACACCAAUGGAGGCCGAGCAGCACCAUAUUCAGGCCGAGGAGGCAAAACCGGAACCGGAUCAGGACGUUGUCAGUGCGGACGAGGGCGGUGAAACAUGCAGAGACCUGGCCAGUCCAGAUGUCACGCAAGAGCGGCUCAGCUGUGAGCCCCCGAGUCCUGCGGACUACGGCUCCCACAGGUCAAGCUCCCCCGAAGGAUCACCCGCAACGUCUCCGGUGUGCUCACCUGCCGCUGCCGCCGACACCGUCUUCCACAGGCCCGCGGACAAAGGCGACCACUCGGAACCACCGGAGGAUGACCAGCAGGAGAGCGGACACGACUCACCAGCCAAAGAUUUGGAGCAGAGCACUGACGGUGCUGUGUCACUGGAGAAUGAGGAGGAGGAGGAGGAGCAGAGAGCUAAGUCAGAGGAUCAGGAGGGAGAUGAUGAUGAAGAUGAAUGUACCAGCAAGGCGGCAGGACCUGAGAGCAAUGCAGAAGAGUUGAAACAGAUUUCAAAAGCCGUACCAAAAUGCACUCAACCUUUUUUAGAUCCAAAAGAAGACAAUGGCUCUGAGCUGAGUCAGCAGGCCUCUCAAAUGCAGUGUGAAGAGGAAGCAGUUUCCGCAGCAGAAAGCAUCCCGGAUUCGGUUACAGAACCAACAGCUGCCGCACCGACACCAGAAGCAGCAGCCGCAAUCGCAUCAAUAGCAGCUGUAGACUCUGAUAAUCCUGUGGACUCAGAGUCGGAGGAGGAAAGCCCACCUAGUCCUGGUCCAAAUCACUUGCCUCUUCCACCUACAACACUUUGUCCCGUGCUUAGAGAGAAUCCCCCGGUCUGCACAGAGACUGACUCAGAGACGGCCCAAGCUGUUCAGUCUCUGACGCAGGAAAGCGAGGGAGAGAAUAUGUUCCAGGACUGCGUGGAGAGCCAGGAGCCCUGCAGGACUCUGCAGACCUAUGCCCACGUGGCUCAGAGCCCCCAACUCACCUCGCUGGACGACUGCCCCCAGUCGGACCACAGCAGCCCGCUUUCCUCCGCGCAGUCCCACCCCAGCCAGUCCGUACGCUCCGUGAACAGCCCCGCCGUCUCCAUCCUGGAGAGCGGCUACACUCAGAUCAGCCCCGACCACAGUGCCAUCUCGGUGCCUUCCCUCCACAACAUGGAGACGAGCCCCAUGAUGGACGUGCCUUCGGUGUCCGAUCACUCCCAGCAGGUCGUGGACAGCGGCUUCAGCGAUCUGGGCAGUAUCGAGAGUACGACGGAGAACUACGAGAACCCCAGCAGCUACGACUCCACCAUGGGGGGCAGCAUCUGCGGCGCGGGCCCCUCCCAAAACAGCUGCUCGUACGGCAACAUCCCCCCCAGCGGUCUGCCCCAGAGCAGCUGUGCCGUGAGCCAACAAAUGGCCGCCGUCAACCCCGGCAGCUGCGGGAUGAUUCAGCAGAACAGCCUGAGCUCGCCGCCGCACUGCAACGUCAAGUCGCCGCAGGGCUGCGUGGUGGUGGAGAGGCCUCCGAGCAACAGCCAGCACAAUCAGCACAGCCAACACAGCCAGCGCAGCCAGCAUAGCCAACACAGUCAACACAACUCCCACAGCCGGCACGGCCCUCACAAUCAACACAGCCAACACAAUCAGCACGGUCCACACAAUCAGCUCUCCCAGCACAGUCAACACAAUCCCCACAACCAGCAUAGUCACCACCACAAUCACCACCUGCAGCACAAUCAGCACAGCCAGCACAAUCAGCACGCUCAGCACGGCCAGCAGCAGUGCGCCAUCCCCACCAACUUCACCACCACCAUGCAGCUGGCCGACAUUCCCGAGUCCGGCAACCCGAACUUUGCCCUCUACGAGAGGAUCAACCACCAGGGGGAGUACGGCAGCGGGCACUACCCUCAGUCCUCCGGCCUCAGCUUGGCCAAACUGCAGCAGUUCACCAACACGUUCAUCGACCACCCUCACUCACUGCCUUUCAAUCACUCGGCUUCUCACCCCAUCACAUCCUAUGCAAACACCCCCACGCUGUCAUCGCAGCACUCCAGCCUCGUAUCCUUGUCCCAGACCCCACACCGUGUCCCUAACCCGCAGGUGCAGGCCACCAUGACCCCACCCCCAACUCUCAGCUCACCACCUCCCAUGAUGCUGCAGCGCAACGUGGGCAUCCCGCCCUCACAGCGGAUCCAGCCCCAAAUGACGUCUAAGAAUCACAUCUCUGCACGCUCCAAGUCGGCCGCGCUGUCGCACCACCACCAGCAGCAGAUGUACGCGCGGCCACCGCAGACCGUUGCCAUGCAGGCGCCAUCCAGGACCUUGGCCGCCAUGCCGCGCAUGAAUAUGAGCAUGAACAUUAUGCCGGCGCCAGGUUACAAUGUCAACUCCAUGAACAUGCCCUCCCUCAACGCCAUGAACGGCUACAGCAUGAGCCAGCCGAUGAUGAACAGUGGAUACCAUGGCAACCAUGCUUAUAUGAACCAGUCACCCCAGUACUCUAUGCAGAUGGGCAUGAUGGGAACACAGCCAUACCCCCAGCAGCCCAUGCAGGCUCCACCACAUGGCAACAUGGUGUACUCACCAGCUGGUCACCAUGGUUACAUGAACACGGGCAUGUCCAAGCAGUCCCUGAAAGGGUCUUUCAUCAGGCGGUAACUCUCCGCAGGACUGAGCUGGUUCUUCUCACGUGCAUUUGGCAGUUUUAAAGAUGCACUGAUCUGGCCUUGUUUUUUCUUUUUCGUGUGUGAGGUUUUUUUUUUUUUUUUUUUUUUUUUUUUUUUUUUCCUGUUUAUUACUUAAAAACCAGCAGCAGCACUUGCAAAGAAUGCAAACAUUUUCAUCAAUGACUUAACUUUAAAUCUAACGUUAAAAAGUAUUUUUGUUCCUCCAGAUGGGAAGCCUUACAUCAUUAUGAUGAAAAUCUAUUUAAGUAGUGUUAGUGUCUCUGACGUGUCUUUUAAGCCGGGCAGGCUCAGAGCUCAGACGUAGAGAUUUCAUCAGUGGUCUUGCAUUCGUGUAGCAGCCUCAAAUGAAGCCAUUUAAUGUGCCUGCUACAAGUGCAGAUAGUGGCUGUUUGAACCUGUUCAGUGUACCUGUCUAACAGUGCUGACAAUUAGUUUGUACUAUACUCUUGCCUUUGCAUAUUUAAAUUAUUGUACUUAUUUUGUAAAGUGACAAAAAGCAUGCUUCAGUCUCUGUUAGUGACAGUGCAUUGAGUAGUACUGUACAAGUGUUGUGCUUAAUGGCAAGCCAUUUUAAAAAUAUCUGGCCUUUUAUUAGGUUUCCCUUCACAGGGAGAAAGAAAGAAACUAUAUUUUGUUAAAUCUAAUUAUGUAAAAAAAAAAAAGGAAAAAAAAUGUAAAAUUAGUCCUGUUUUUCUGUUUGGUUUGAGAGGUUUUAUUGCGAUGUAUGUAUAAAUCUGAAGUCUUUUUGUAACAGAUCUUGAGGCAGCUUUCUGUUUAAUAAAGCAGACUGAUUUCUGUCAAAAUAAA